GCAGUCAAAUUGAUAGGUGUCAAAAUCAUUGUGUAAUAAAGAGCAAAAUUUGAGUGAAUUAUAAUCAUUUGCAAUCCAUUUUAGUUCAAAAUUAAAGAGUUCAAGAUGAAUCUAUCAGAUGUAUCUGAAUGUUCCAGCGAAUCAGACUCAUUUUUUCAAACUGUCUUGAAGACUAAUAAAAACCGAGUUAUCGAUCGAUCAUUACUGACUCGAAAACAACAUUUAAAACUUUUAUGCCUUCCUAAUCCAAAACCUAAACAACCUAGUUUACCUGCAAGAAAAAUUAAGCGAUGCAAAAUUCCACACAUAUGCCCAGAACGAAUUGAUCAACUAUCUAUUCCAAAAUCGGUUUAUAUUUUGGAUGUAUUAGAAAAAUAUAAUCAAAGAUUAGAUCCCGAUCGGAUUGUUCGAUUAGUAAAAUUACUACAAUCUGAAAAACAGAAUGAAGAGAAAAAAUGUAAACCAAAGAAAAGUAAAAAAAAACGUAAAGGUAAAAAGCAAUCAGUUAAGGAGUGUAUUCGAAUAUGGUUAAAAAUGAGGAUUGAGUUAACCACCAAACUGAUUAUGAAACAUUUAAAAGAACAAGAAAACAAACUAACACCUAAUUAUCGACAAUUAUUGAUCGCAUUAGGACUGAUGAGAUGUUUAAAAGUUCAGAAGAAGCCCACAAUGAGAUACACUAAGAAAUAUUUAAUGGAUAUUUGUGAAAAGUUAGCCAUUGAAGUUGAUAAUGAAUGUAAACCGUAUGGUUUAGAAUUAGAACCGGUCGAAGUUAAACCAGAAGAAGAAGAAGAAGAAGUUGAAAAGAAACACGUUAUUUGGAUCAUGUCUGAACCACCAUCAGAGUAUGAGAGUGAAGAAGAAGAAGAAAAAGUAGAAGAGGAAGAGGAAGAAAUUGGGGAGGAAGAAGCCGAAGAAAUCACCAUUGCUCUGGAAGAUUUAAUGUUAGCUGUAGAAGAAGAAGAGGAAGAGGAAAGGAUACCAACAAUUCUUGAAGAAGGCGAAGAAGAAGAAGGCGAGGAAGGUUUGGGAGAAGAAGCAGCUGCUGAACAUGUGGGUGAAGAAGAAGGUGCUGAGGGCGCUGAGGGUGCUGAAGGUGCUGAAGGUGCUGAAGGUGCUGAAGGCGCUGAAGGUGCUGAAGGUGUAGAAGGUGAAGAAGGCGUAGAAGGUGAAGAAGGUGGAGAAGGCGAAGAAGGUGGAGAAGGCGGAGAAGCUGGUCUUGAAGGUGAAGAAGGAAUAAUUGGAGAGUUAGAGGGUGAAGAAAGUAUUGGUGAAGGCGAUCAAGCUGCCGGAGAAGGUAUUGGUGAAGAAGACUUACUACCAAGCGAAUAUGAAAUGGGUGAAGAAUAUCCUGGAAUUGAAGGAUUAAUGUUGGAAGAACUAUUAGAACAAGAAUUAAUACCAGAAGAACUAGUAGAACCAACACCAAAAGGCAUGGCGAUGGAAAUGGUUGAUACACAUCCAGAAAAUACAGUUUCUUAUGUAUCUUGGAAAAUUUAUGAUUCAUGGCUUGAAGAAUUCGCUAAUAAUAUCGCUACAUACGGAAAAUGUUUAAGAAACUUUAGAGAUGUCCUUGGAGCCAAAAAUAUGCUUUAUUCUGAUCGUGAAAAGAUUGAAACAAUUAUUACAAAUUGGUCAACAUAUUUAUCAGAUUGUUUCCGUUUUGAAACGCAAAUUUCUGAAGCAUUCAAAGGCAAACCUGUUACAAAAUGUCCAAAAUGCGCUGAUUAUACUCUAUACGAUAUCCCAAUCGACCACGAAUUACCUCCAGAACUUGAAGAAGCCGCCCAAUCGACAGCUAGAUGGACGAAACUUCUUAGUGAAGCUGAAAGAUUAUGUAGAAGCUUUGCUGCAGCUGAUGAUAUUUCUGUUAUGAGUCAUGAAACUAUCGAAAUUGUCGACACAGGCAGCGAGUCGAUUAAGAGCAGCGACAUUUCAUCUGUGUAUUCGUUUGAAUUUUUACAAGCCGACGAUUAUGUUAUUCCAGCGGAAAUCAUUAUCGAUCCUAAUGCACCUAAAGGUAAAGGUAAAGGUGCAAAAGGAGCAAAAGGUGGAAAAGAUAAAGGCGCAAAAGGUGGUAAAGGAAAGAAAGGGAAAAAGUAA